AUGCGAGCAACAAGCAGAACCCGUGUGUGCGGCGUCAACAGCCAGGCCGGUUAUCUCUUUGAGCGCGAGCGUAGAACGCGUUGCGUCAACGCAGCUUUGGACGAGCCCGGGCACAAAGGCAUCCGUGGCGGCGACAUGAACGCAGUGGCGGUAAUGGACGGUAUUAAACGGAUGCGGGUCUCGUCACCAACCGACUCACCCAAGAACGACGUGGACUCAGACAUGACGGACGAGGAAGCUGCUACCCCAAGAACCAUCGUUCCAGCAUCUCCCGAAGCAGGCAAGAAAAGACCGCUAGUGCUCGCUACACCAGCAGCACAGGCAGAAUUCCCAUGGAAGACAAUGCGGCACGAUGCCUACAUGGCUUCUGAGCGGCCUAUUGAGAUCCCUAGCGACGCUUCUUGUCGCGCAAUGGUAGUCUUUAACCCGUACCAGUCGAUGCCAUUGUCAACAAAUCCACGGGUCGAACUCGUCGAGGACGACAAACACACAGAAACCGACACGUCGGAGAGCAAGGACGAGCACUUUGUGCGGUUCGAAGAGCUUCCAGAAGAUAACGACGAGCCUGUGGAAAUGGAUGUUGACUGA